CCUUCCUCUCCUCUGUGCGCAGUACUGUGAGGGAGGGGAGAAAGGAUGAGGUUUUCGCGGCCUGUAGAGUUGGUUUCAGAAAUGUAACGUAGUUAUCGCUUCGACGGAUGUUUUACACGGACCUAAAGUCAAUUUGAAGCUGCUGGCGCUCUAAACGGUGCAUGAAGCUCAUGAAAAGCCACACUGGACUGAGAGGAAGUCAGAAAGAAGACCAGGAAGUAGCUUUUAACGAGUGGCGAUGGCCUAUUCUAACUACAGCACCCUGAACAGGGCUCAGCUCACCUUUGAGUAUCUGCACACCAACUCAACGACACAUGAGUUCCUGUUUGGAGCUCUGGCUGAGCUGGUGGACAACUCCAGGGAUGCAAAUGCCACCCGGAUUGACAUCUACACAGAGAAGAGACCAGAUUUGCGUGGAGGCUACAUGCUAUGUUUCUUAGACGACGGCACAGGAAUGGACCCCAACGAGGCGACCCAUGUGAUCCAAUUUGGGAAGUCCACUAAGCGUACACCAGAUUCUACUCACAUCGGCCAGUAUGGAAAUGGUCUCAAAUCGGGCUCCAUGCGUAUUGGGAAAGACUUUGUUCUGUUCACUAAGAAGGACAACACUCUGUCCUGCCUGUUCCUGUCUAGAACAUUCCACGAGGAGGAGGGGCUUGACGAGGUGAUCGUACCCCUGCCCACCUGGGACCUACUGACCAGACAGCCAAUCACAGGCGACCCUGAGAAGUUCGCCAUAGAGACGGAGCUCAUCUACAAAUACUCUCCUUUUAAAAACGAACAGCAGCUGAUGGAACAGUUUAACAAGAUGGAGGGCAGCAGCGGUACUCUGGUGAUCAUCUAUAACCUGAAGUUGAUGGACACCAGAGAACCAGAGCUGGAUGUAGAGACAGACCACCAGGAUAUCCUGAUGGCUGGGACUCCUUCAGAGGGAGUGAAGCCAGAGCGUCGGUCGUUCCGAGCAUACGCAGCUGUCCUCUACAUCGACCCCAGGAUGAGGAUCUUCAUACAGGGACACAAAGUCAGGACCAAGAGACUGUCCUGCUGCCUCUACAAACCCAGGGUAUAUAAAUACACAUCGACUCGAUUCAAAACCCGUGCUGAGCAGGAAGUAAAAAAGGCUGAUCACCUCGCUAAGAUAGCGGAGGAGAAGGCUCGUGAGGCGGAGAGCAAAAGUCUGUCUCUGGAGGCCAAACUGGGAGACGACCUGUCCAAAGAGUCACGGGUCAUGUUGCGUAAGGCUCAGGAUGGGUCCAUGAUGCUUCGACGGGAGGCGGAAGUGAAAAAGAUGAUUCAGGAGUCCAAACAGAAAGCAUUGAAGGAGCCUAAGGAACUGAGUUUUAUCUUCGGGGUGAACAUUGAGCAGAGAGACCUGGAUGGGAUGUUUGUGUAUAACUGCUCUCGCCUCAUUAAGAUGUACGAGAAGACUGGACCUCAGCUGGAGGGAGGAAUGGCGUGUGGAGGUGUUGUGGGGGUAGUAGAUGUUCCAUACCUGGUUCUGGAGCCCACUCACAACAAGCAGGACUUUGCGGACGCUAAAGAAUACAGACACCUUCUGAGAGCCAUGGGAGAACACCUAGCCCAGUACUGGAAGGACAGCAACAUAGCUCAGAAGGGCAUAGUGAAGUUCUGGGAUGAGUUUGGGUACCUGUCGGCCAGCUGGUCCUCACUCCCCUCGGCUGAGCAGAGAUACAAGAGACGCCGCGCCAUGGAGAUACCCCUCACCAUACAGUGUGAUAAAUGUCUGAAGUGGAGGACUCUGCCAUUCCAGAUGGAUGCGGUGGAUAAACGUUACCCGGACAGCUGGGUGUGUCUGAUGAACCCUGACAGCACUCAGGACAGGUGUGAUGCAGCGGAGCAGAAACAGAACCUUCCAUGUGGAGUCCUGAAGAAGGACAGACAGACAGCGGAGGACAAACAGAAAGAACUGACAGAGAAGAUCAGACAGCAGCAGGAGAAACUAGAGGCUCUGCAGAAAACCAGCACCAUCAAAUCAGCAGCAGAUGUGAAGAAGUUGCCUCUGGACGUCAGCAUGAGACCCAUAAAUGACAGUUCUUCCCAGGCAACCAGGUCUUCAGAGCGUGUUUCACGCCCUCGCUCCCCCCCUCUCCCCGCCCUCCUCAAGAACGCCCCCAGCCAGCCGCCAGCCCCCAACCGCAAACUCACCAAUUCCCCUCGACCGACCACCCGGCCUGCUGCCCCAGCCUCCAGAGUCGACCAAUCUAGAGCCAGAGCUGCAGCGAAGCCAUCACCCCCUCCAGCUAAGCCCGCCCCCAAAGCCCCAGCCAAAAUCCCCACCAAACCCACCCCUCCAAGCCGCAGCUCACGGAUUCAAGCCAAAUCGUCUCCUGCCAAAGCAACCACACCUGCUAGCAGCCAGCGCAAGAGAGUGAUGGAGGAGGAGAGUGAGGAGGAGGAGGAGGAGGAGGAAGAAGAAGAAGAAGAAGAAGAAGAAGAGGAGGACAGCGAGGAGGAGAAGGAGCCUCAGCCCAAGAAAUCCAAGAUGGCAGCUGCAGUGGGGAAUCGUGGGAAAACUGUUGAGAAAGCUCCACUCAAGCGGGGAAAAGUGACGGAGGUACACUCUCACAUAUACAUUUUCACUGCUCAGACUAUCAAUCUGUCCCCACCCCCCACUCAGCACCAAACCCCGCCGCCUGAGAAGAGGAGUGCUACCAUACCAACACGGCUGCCCCCUGCAACACCACCACCAGCCAAACCCAUCCCCGCCCCGCCUAAGCCCUCGGGUGGGGCUAGAGCCAAGGUGACAGGCAGUGCAGAGGACGAACACCCAGAGAAUGAACCGAAGAAUGCUCAGAAAGAUAAGGGUAUGUUGGUGGAGGUACGUGUGAAUAAGGAAUGGUUCACAGGCAAAGUGGUUGCUGUGGAAACCAGCAAGCAGAGCGUUCGCUGGAAGGUGAAGUUUGACUACGUCCCCAGAUCCACCCCCAAGGACCGAUGGGUUUUCAAAGGCAGUGAGGAGGUGAGGUUGAUGCGACCCCCCUCUCCCCUCUCCCAGACCCCUGACACACAGCAAGGGGAGGGGACUGAAAAGGGGCCCGCCCCCAUGGAACCUGACACCACCCAACCAGGAACCAGUCGAGAGGUGACUGACAAUCUGGUCAACAUGAUGAGGACGCUGCUGCGUUAUUUCUUCCCUCCUGAUUUCCGGAUCCCGAAGGAUGAUGUCAACAGCAUGACCGCAGAAGAGCUAGUGGCCUUCCCUAUGAAGGAGUAUUUCCAGCAGUAUGAGCUGGGUCUCCAGUCUCUGUGUAACUCGUACCAGAGCAGAGCUGACGCCAGAGCCAAAGCUGUGGAGGAGAAGAGUACCAGCGCUGAGACCAAACUCAGGGAGGCAGACGAGAAGCUACAGAAACUACGAACCAACAUCGUACAACUGCUGCAGAAAGUACAGGAGGACAUUGACAUAAACACCGAUGACGAACUGGAUGCCUACAUAGAAGACCUGCUGACCAAGGGGGACUAGUGAGGAGACAGGCUCUCGGAACCCUGUCUUGCUCUCAGAACAUUGGUCCGUCUGUACUUCCCAAAGUACUGUAGCUCUGUAACUCCUCUACAGACGCCCUUUACCCAUAACCCUCCCUCCUGCCCGCCCCGCUCUGCAGAUGGAGAGGAGAGGCAGCUGCUGCCUGACCUACUGCUGUUGCCGUUUGGUCCCCAAGUUUGUUUUUAUAAAACUGCAGUAUGGUUUUCUGUU